AAUGGGGCUUGUGUCCCGCGGCGCGGCCGCGGCGGGGCUGGGGGCCGCGAGCGCUGUGGUCCCCCCAGGCCCGUCCAACGCGGUCCCCAACCUCAUCUCCACCCCGCCGCCCGAGGGCGCAGCCCCGGGAAGCAGCCGGUGUGGGCUCCAGCUUGGAGGUCUUUGCUCAGGGUGGCUGCUCUCCCCUUUGUGCAGGGUCCCCAGCAUGGUACUGAAGGCCUUCUUCCCCACGUGCUGUGCCUCAGUGGACAGCGGCCUGCUGGUGGGACGGUGGGUCCCGGAGGAGAGCAGUGCUGUGGUCCUGGCUGUGGUGCACUUUCCCUUCAUCCCCAUCCAGGUCAAGGAGUUCCUGGCUCAGGUGCAGCAGGCCAGCCAGGUGGGUGUGGCUGUGCUGGGCACGUGGUGCCACUGUCAGCAGGAGCCUGAGGAGAGCCUGGGCUACUUCCUGGAGGGCCUGGGUGCCGUCUUCCCCCAUGAACCCUGGCUGCAGCUAUGCCGGGAGAGGGGUAGCAAGUUCUGGAGCUGCAAGGCCACCCACUGGGAGGUGCCUGCUGUCCCUGAGGCUGCAAGUGAGGACCAGGUCAUGCUUAUCUUCUAUGACCAGCGCAAGGUGUUACUGUCCCAGCUGCACCCACCUGCCGUCCUGACGGACCGCCAGGCCGGAGAUGCCACUGCAGCCAGCACUGGUGGCAUGGCUGCUAUCUUUGACACGGUGGCACGUAGUGAGUUCCUUUUCCGCAGUGAUCGGUUUGAUGAAGGUCCUGUGCGGCUAAGCCACUGGCAGUCAGAGGGUGUGGAGGCCAGCAUCCUCGUGGAGCUGGCUCAGCGAGCCUCAGGUCCUGUCUGUCUGCUGCUGGCAUAUCUGCUGUCGCUGGUCUCAGCUGCCAGUGCCUGCUGGCUUUUCAGACUGUGGCCUCUGUCCUUCCUGGGGAGCAAGCUCUCUACCUGUGAGCAGCUCCGGCACCGUCUGGACCACCUCACACUAGUCUUCAGCGUGCAGAAGGCUGAGAACCCCGCCCAGCUGAUGAGGAAGGCCAACAUGCUCGUCUCUAUGCUCCUGGACGUGGCCCUCGGCCUUGCACUGCUAUCCUGGCUCCAUGGAAAGAACCGAAUUGGGCAGCUGGCUGAUGCCCUGGUUCCUGCGGCUGAUCAUGUAGCCGAGGAGCUCCAGCACUUGCUGCAGUGGCUGAUGGGCGCACCUGCUGGGCUCAAGAUGAACCGGGCGCUGGACCAGGUGCUGGGCCGCUUUUUCCUGUACCACAUCCACCUGUGGAUCAGCUACAUCCACCUUAUGUCCCCCUUCAUCGAGCGCAUCCUGUGGCAUGUGGGCCUCUCAGCCUGCUUGGGCCUGACGGUCGCCUUGUCCAUCCUCUCGGACAUCAUUGCCCUCCUCACCUUCCACAUCUACUGCUUCUAUGUCUAUGGCGCCAGGCUGUACUGUUUGAAGAUCUGUGGACUGUCCUCACUCUGGCGUCUGUUUCGGGGGAAGAAGUGGAAUGUUCUGCGCCAGCGGGUGGAUUCUUGCUCCUAUGACCUGGACCAGCUUUUUAUUGGGACUCUGCUCUUCACCAUCCUCAUCUUCCUCCUGCCCACCACAGCCCUGUACUACCUGGUAUUCACCCUGCUCCGGCUCCUGGUGGUUGCUGUACAGGGCCUGAUCCAUCUGCUGGUGGACCUCAUCAAUUCCCUGCCACUAUACUCACUUGGACUCCGGCUCUGCCGGCCCUAUAGGCUAGCUGCUGGUGUGAAGUUCCGUGUCCUAGAGCACCAGGCUGGCAGGCCUCUUCGACUCCUGAUGCAAAUAAACCCCUUGUCCUACAGCCGCGUGGUGCAUACUUACCGCCUCCCCAGCUGUGGCUGCCACCCCAAGCACUCCUGGGGAUCCCUGUGCCGCAAGCUGUUCUUUGGGGAGCUCAUCUACCCCUGGAGGCAGAGAGGGGACAAGCAGGACUGAGGGGCUCCAGCAGCUGGCCCUCCUAGUACCGCCACAUGGCCACAGUCAGCCCUCUGAUCAGCCAUAAUGGCACUGACU